ACACAGGGUGGGGCGGGGACAGUAGUGCGGCUCCCAGGUACUCCCAGGUAGGCUAGGAGGUGGGCGUGAAAUCCCAUCUCAUGAAUAUUCAGAUUUAGCUUUUGGCCCGCCCUUUGCCUUCUCUCGAUACUGGGAUUGGACGUUUCCUCUUUCCUCACCCCUCUCGCCUCUGCUGCCUUUGCUUAUUUUCCAGCUGUUCUUUCCCAAUUCCACGAACUUUCUUCCUGGGAGUCUCGUGGUGGCCAUCGGGCGGGACCGAGGGGACACAGUUCCCUGAGCUUCUAGGGAGGAUGGGGUGGGGCCUCGCGGUUAGUCCAGAGGAUCGGUGCCCCUCCCCGUUCUUUAUGUAAAUGGCUGGGCGUGCUCCACCUCCUCCCCGGCUCGGGGCGGUGGAGGUGACCAGGAAGGAGACGGCUCCUUAACAGCCUGUGGGCCAGGCGAAGGGGAGCUAAACCGAGCCGGCUGCAGGCUCCAGGAGACGCCGAGGCCUUGGGGCAGCGGCCGGUCCAGAGUUGCGGGUCAUUGGUGGGGCAGCCAGGAGCCAAGAAGGAUGAGAAGGUUCUUGAGAUCUGGACAUGAUCAAGCCCGGGAGCGACUGAAACAGGAUCUCUUUAAAUUUAGCAAGACUGUGGAACAUGGCUUCCCCCACCAGCCCAGUGCACUGGGCUACAGCCCCUACCUCCGAAUCAUGGCUAUUGGGACCAGGUCUGGAGCCAUCAAGCUCUAUGGCGCCCCUGGCGUGGAGUUCAUGGGUCUUCACCGGGAGAACAAUGCUGUGGUACAAAUCCAUUUCCUCCCUGGCCAGUGCCAAUUGGUCACCUUACUGGAUGACAACAGCCUGCACCUCUGGAGCCUAAAUCAGAGAAAUGGGGUAUCUGAGCUGCAUGAAGAAAAGUUCUCCACUCUUCGGGGGCCCCCGGGGGCUGCCCCCAGUGCCACCCAAAUUACAGUGAUUCUGCCUCAUUCCUCCCAAGAGCUGCUAUAUCUGGGCACUGAAAGUGGCAACGUGUUUGUGGAGAAGCUGCCCUCCUUCCAGAUGCUAGAGGACCAGAUGAUCAGUACGGAGGCUGUCUUGCAAUGGUUGCCUAAGGAUGCACAGCACUGGCGGGCAUUUGAGAUGGUAGAGGCACUACAAGAACAUCCACAGGACCCUACCCGGGUCCUGAUUGGCUAUAGCAGGGGCCUUAUCAUUAUCUGGGACCUUCAAAAUAGCCGGGUGCUACACCACUUCCUGAGUGGCCAGCAACUGGAGAAUGUCUGCUGGCAGCGAGAUGGGGGUUGCAUUGUCAGUUGCCAUUAUGAUGGGAGCUACUGCCAGUGGAAAGUGUCCAGUGAAGCCCAGCAUCCUGAGCCCUUGCAAAGCAGAGUGCCUUAUGGUCCUUAUCCUUGCAAAGCUAUUUCUAAAAUCUUCUGGCUGACGACCAGGAAAGGGCUGCCCUACAUCAUCUUCCAGGGUGGCAUGCCCCGAGCCAGCUAUGGAGACCGGCACAGCAUCUCAGUGACUCAUGGGAACCAGGAGACAGCAUUUGACUUUACCUCUCGAGUCAUUGACUUUACUGUCCUCACAGAGGCUGCCUCUGACUUUGAUGAGCCUUAUGCUAUGGUGGUGUUGGCAGAAGAGGAGUUGGUGGUGAUUGACUUGAAGACAGCAGGCUGGCCAGCCAUCCAAGCCCCAUACCUAGCAUCCCUCCACUGUUCUGCCAUUACCUGCUCCCACCACGUCUCUAGCAUCUCCCUGAAGCUGUGGGAGAGGAUCAUUGCAGCUGGAAACAAACAGAAUUCUCACUACUCUACCAUGGUGUGGCCCAUUGAUGGGGGUACCAGUUUGGCCCCAGAUCCGCCUCAGAGGGACCUGCUGCUCACUGGACAUGAGGAUGGCACAGUGAGGUUCUGGGAUGCCUCGGGCGUCUGCCUACGCCUGCUCUAUAAGCUAAGCACAGUCCGUGUGUUCCUCACUGACACUGACCCCAACGACAACCUCAAUGCUGUGGGAGAGGAUGAGUGGCCCCCGCUGAGGAAGGUUGGCUCUUUCGAUCCCUACAGUGAUGACCCACGACUGGGGAUUCAGAAGAUCUUCCUUUGCAAAUAUAGUGGUUACUUGGCAGUGGCGGGGACUGCAGGGCAGGUGCUCGUGCUGGAGUUGAAUGACGAGGAGGCAGAACAGGUGGUAGACCACAUAGAAGCUAACCUGUUGCAGGACCAAGAAGGCUAUCGAUGGAAGGGGCAUGAGAGGCUUCGGGCUCGGCAGGGGCCCAUCUGCUUUGAGUCGGGCUUCCAGCCUUUCAUCCUAGUACAGUGCCAGCCCCCGGCGGUGGUCACCUCGCUGGCCCUGCACUCGGAGUGGAAGCUUGUGGCCUUUGGAACAAGUCAUGGCUUUGGGCUUUUCGAUCACCAGCAGAAGAGACAGGUUUUUGUCAAAUGUACACUGCACCCUAGUGACCAACUAGCCAUGGAGGGCCCCCUGUCCCGUGUAAAGUCUCUGAAGAAAUCCUUACGGCAGUCAUUCCGAAGAAUGAGCCGGAGCAGGGCAUCCGGUCGCAAGCGGCGCAUGGCUGGCAACUCAGGGGAGUUGCAGGAGCCCAAUGCCAGGGCAGAUCGAGUAGGCUUACAAAACAUGGAGCUGGCCCCGGUGCAGAGGAAGAUUGAGGCCAGGUCAGCGGAGGACUCAUUCACUGGCUUUGUCCGGACCCUCUACUUCGCUGACACCUACCUUCGGGACAAUUCUUACCACUGCCCUUCCCUGUGGGUGGGCACCAAUGGUGGCACAGUCUAUGCCUUUUCCUUGCGUGUCCCACCUCCUGAUAGGAGAAUGGAAGAACCAAUCAGAGCUGAACAGGCCAAGGAGAUCCAACUGAUGCACCGUGCCCCCGUGAUAGGCAUCCUGGUCCUGGAUGGGCGAGGCAUGCCCCUCCCUGAACCCCUGGAGGCAGCCCACGACCUCUCAAAGAGCCCGGACAUGCAGGGCAGCCACCAGCUCCUUGUUGUAUCUGAAGAGCAAUUCAAGGUGUUCACUCUGCCCAAGGUCAGUGCAAAGCUGAAACUCAAACUCACCGCGUUGGAGGGCUCACGGGUACGGCGGGUCGGCGUGGCCCACUUUGGCAGCUGCAAGGCGGAGGACUAUGGGGAACACCACCUAACCGUCCUCACGAAUCUGGGUGACGUCCAGGUAGUCUCCCUGCCCUUCCUCAAGCCCCAGGUACGAUACGGCUGCAUCCGCAAGGAAGACGUCAGUGGUAUUGCUUCCUGUGUCUUCACCAAAUACGGCCAAGGCUUCUACCUGAUCUCACCCUCUGAGUUUGAGAGGUUCUCUCUCUCCACAAAGUGGCUGGUUGAGCCUCGGUGUUUAGUGGACACAGCAGAAACCAAGAACCACUGCUCGACCCUCAAUGGCUCAGGCGUCAAGAAGGGCUCAAGCAAAGCCAGGAGCUCGGAGAACUCGGGAGAUGGAGGCGGGAGGAGUCAGGAACCAUUGAUGGAACGGGCCCUACUCAAUGAUGAGAGAGUCCUGAAGGAGAUCCAGAGCACUUUGGAAGGUGACAGAGGGAGUUAUGGGGAGUGGUAUUCCCAGCAAGUUGCAGUGGGACGUAGACACAAUAAUGGUGGAGUAGAGUGAUGAUUGCCGAUGCAGAGGCUGCCUCGAAGACUCCAGUGCCACAACACUACUGAAGGGCCUACCAUGGAGGGUGCUGACCCUAGUGGAGGUCUGGGUGGGGCCCGUCCAGGGUUAGACAGGAGUACCCCCCUGGCCUGCACCUCUGCUGCUUCUCCGGCUUCUCCAACAACCACCAUCCCCCCCCCCUUACCCCCUUUGGUGGGGGGGAAGGUUGGAAUCCAGAGACAUCCCGAAUGGACAGGAUGACCCCUUCCCCAACUCCUUGUCUGUCUUAGUCCCUUUUGUCAAUGUUUGCACAGUUUUUACUCUCUUCCCCCUCCCCCCUCCUUUUGUAGUGGGAUGAGUUUUAAAUUAUAAAUUUUAACUGCCUCUGGGUGAAAAAGUUUUUUUUAAAAAAAUACCUUAUUACCUCUUUGCUGGACUGACCCAAUGAUUUAUUUGGUACUUUUUAAAAAUCCUGUAGGGUUUUACAUUUAAAUGAAUAUGGAUUUUUAGAAAUGUACUGUCGGCUGAGUCCCUGAGGGAGCUGGGACCCCCUAAGGGCCGAGGGCAUAGGGUCUUAUCCCCUAAACCCCCUGGGGGAAGACUCUAUUCUUGUAGCUGUUUUAAAACAGAGCAAACCAUGUCUAAACACUGUGGCCUGGUCUUUUUGGAAUAAAGGACUGGAGUGUUUAUUAUCCUAA